UAGAUUUUUUAAGGUUGUUACUAUGGAAAUAAAUGGCCGAAUUUCAAUAAUUUUGUUUAACCCGUUUUCAGACAGCAAAUUUAUCUUUGGAUACCGUGGUAAGUUGUGUCUAUGACAAAUUUCAGUUUUUAUUGCGCAAUCCGGCACUUUUUUCAACCAACCGCAAUUAUAACUGCAUAGCAACGCCCAUAGCAACCAUUUUUGCAUUUUUAGACAGCUUUUCUACCCCUCCGUCGAUAUUUAAUUCUUUCCAAUUGCUAGAUGAUACUUUAGGGCGUCCUAAGACAAUAUAUGACAGUUCUGAAUGUUAAAUGUGGUGUUCCACAAGCGUUCAGAAAGCUGUCUUAACGACGCACCCUCCAAAGUGAACUCGUCAUCAAUUAGACUCGUCAUCAAUUAGACUUAAGGUCUUAGUUGUUUGGUUCUUUUCAGGUCAAAAUAUUGCUGGCGUACACCUUUUGUCAAUCCACAAGUAAAGAAUGUCCAUGAAAUAAUCUUUAAACAAGUUUUUUGCAAUUUAACUUCGGAAACCAGGAGAAUGAAGAUUUCUCAAGACCAAAACACCCAUACUUCUUCUAUCGCUUCUGGUAUUAGUACGACCUAAUGCUGGUACCUCCCGCUUCCCAAAUCAAUAUUCUGCUCUUCAGUUAUUCUGCUGAGAAACUGACGGCUUCGCCCUCUUAUAGCCUUUUUGUCGCAAGACUUUUGUCCUUGGAGGACGAGUCAAGCUCCAUAAUUGUCGGUGCUACCAUCCAUGCACGUGACCCUUGAGAAACAUACGCGACCGAAAAGGCGCUUGUAGGAGUGCUCGCUAUUCAGCUAUUUGGUUUAUCGUUGAGCGUCAAAAUAUAUUUAUAUCGAAAAGACAGUCCUUUCCAUUAUAACUUAUUUUAUAGUAACCACCCUAAACGUUUUUUGAAUUCGACGUCGUUUUGCUUGUUUCUCACUGUUGCGAUAAAUGUUGAUAUUAAAAACACAGUGGAUUAAAAAUUAUCAACAUUCCUUGCUGUAUUCCUGGUGGUGUGAUGCGAGGUUGUGGAUUUACUGUAAGAGAAGUUAUUUGUUUACAUUUAUAGUAACCAUUUUGGUUGCUAUGAGGUAAAAGCUAUACCGUGCUGUAUAAAAUCCGUAGUGAAGGCUUUUUAGCCAAUCAGCGUAGCGGAUUUCCCGUAUAAACCUGUUGAAAAUAGCUAUCAGUUAUAACGUUCCAGAGCGCUGGUAAUUAAAUUGUGAUAUUACUAUUACUAUUAAUAAACCCACGAGCUUCUUUGAUCGAUCGAAGCCAAAUAUAAUUUAUAUUAUAAUACCCAUAUACUUCUGUCCGUCCCUCCGUCCGUCUGUCUGUGACGCAAAAUGGUACCUUAGCUGCGCAGGUAGCGAGACGCACGUAAUGGGGUAUAAAAAGGACGGGCGAACCCGUGGAUUUUUCCACGGGCUAACGACUAGUUAUUUUUAAUUACUGACUAAUGUUUCAAGGGCUUUGGACCGACAAUAUCAUUUUCAUUUUUGAUUUGUUUAAUUAACCGUCUAACAGCUAGACAGACGUUGUGCAAAUAGAGGCAUGCUUUAGUUUUCGUGAGAUUUUACAAGAAUUAAAAGAACUUUCUAUAGAGCUAGGUUAAUGUGACAUAAAAUUAUUAUUAAUUAUUAUUAAAUAUUAAUUUUCAUAUUUUCUAAAAUAGAUACAAAUCGAAAACUGGAACAAGAAAAAAUAUGCUGGUUAUUUGUUUAGGCUUAACAACGUGUGCAAUGGAAUAUGUGUUGUUGCAAAAUUUACCGGAGAAGGUACUGUCUAAAAUAAAUUUAUUGAUUGAACUGAUUCUGAAAGAUGUAUGGAAGGUGACGAUUCCUUCCUUGAUUCCUAACAUUUAAAAUCCUAUUGCACGUUGUCACAAUGUUCUCUCUCUCUGUGUGUCUAUUGCACAUUGUCACAAUGUUCUCUCUCUGCACAUUGCACGUUGUCACAAUGUUCUCUCUCUGUGUGUCUAUUGCACGUUGUCACAAUGUUCUCUCUCUCUGUGUGUCUAUUGCACGUUGUCACAAUGUUCUCUCUCUCUGUGUGUCUAUUGCACAUUGUCACAAUGUUCUCUCUCUGCACAUUGCACGUUGUCACAAUGUUCUCUCUCUGUGUGUCUAUUGCACGUUGUCACAAUGUUCUCUCUCUCUGUGUCUAUUGCACGUUGUCACAAUGUUCUCUCUCUACACAUUGCACGUUAUCACGAUGUUCUCUCUCUGUGUCUAUUGCACGUUGUCACAAUGUUCUCUCUCUCCGUCUAUUGCACAUUGUCACAAUGUUCUCUCUCUCUCUGUCUAUUGCACGUUGUCACAAUUUUCUCUCUCUCUGUAUAUUGCACGUUGUCACAAUGUUCUCUCUCUGCACAUUGCACGUUAUCACAAUGUUCUCUCUCUGUGUGUCUAUUGCACGUUGUCACAAUGUUCUCUCUCUCUGUGUCUAUUGCACGUUGUCACAAUUUUCUCUCUCUGUGUCUAUUGCACGUUGUCACAAUGUUCUCUCUCUCUGUGUCUAUUACAUGUUGUCACAAUGUUCUCUCUCUCUGUGUCUAUUGCACGUUGUCACAAUGUUCUCUCUCUCUCUGUGUCUAUUGCACGUUGUCACAAUGUUCUCUCUCUCUCUGUGUCUACUGCACGUUGUCACAAUGUUCUCUCUCUGCACAUUGCACGUUGUCACAAUGUUCUCUCUCUCUGUCUAUUACAUGUUGUCACAAUGUUCUCUCUCUCUGUGUCUAUUGCACGUUGUCACCAUGUUCUUUCUCUCUCUGUGUCUAUUGCACGUUGUCACAAUGUUCUCUCUCUGCACAUUGCACGUUGUCACAAUGUUCUCUCUCUCUGUCUAUUACAUGUUGUCACAAUGUUCUCUCUCUCUGUGUCUAUUGCACGUUGUCACCAUGUUCUCUCUCUCUGUCUAUUGCACGUUGUCACAAUGUUCUCUCUCUCUGUCUAUUGCACGUUGUCACAAUGUUCUCUCUCUGCACAUUGCACGUUAUCACAAUGUUCUCUCUCUCUGUCUAUUACAUGUUGUCACAAUGUUCUCUCUCUGCACAUUGCACGUUAUCACAAUGUUCUCUCUCUGUGUGUCUAUUGCACGUUGUCACAAUUUUCUCUCUCUCUGCACAUUGCACGUUGUCACAAUGUUCUCUCUCUGCACAUUUCACGUUGUCACAAUGUUCUCUCUCUCUGUCUAUCGCACAUUGUCACGAUUCUCUCUGUGUGUGUGUCUAUUUUCAGUAUAUAUUGACGAAGCAGCAAAGCAAUCAACAACAAAAACAACAGCAACAACAACAAUAACAAAAACAACAAUAACAACCACAACAACAACAACAACCACAACUACCACAACACCAACAACAACAACCACAACAGCAAUAAAAGCAACGACAACAACAAUAACAGUACCAAAACAAAAAACAUCAAGUAGAUUAUCAUCAAUAAAAACAGACGUAUCAACAACAACAAACUUAACUUCAAUGCAAGGUGAACACAACAGCACCUUCAUUGACAUACCAUUAUUAGUUGGUAUAGUAAUCGCAGCAUUGAUUCUCAUUCUUGUGGUAUUGGGUAUCGCGGUUAUAACAAGACGGCAUAAAAAAACAAAGACUAAGAACAAGUCAAAACCAUUGGAGAUGGAAAACCCACGUUAUGAAUGUUUCACUUCAGCCGCUGCAAACCACAUGAUAUGCACUGAUACAACAAACCAAACAGCGACAUAUUCACCCGUUUAUGAAAUUCCGAAAACUAAAGAACGACUCCAAAAAGACCAACCUGAACCAAUAUACGUUGAAACAGAACCAGAAUAUGAUGAUGCAAUAUAUGCUCAAGAAAAGUUAGAAGAAUAUCUUGCAGCGAAACGUCCUGUUUAUGCAAAAAUAAACAAAAAUAGAUAACACAGAAACAUUUUCUUCAAGAACAACAAAAAUGUUUGUCUCAAGAAACUUGUAUUUACAUGUCACUGGAGAGAGACAUGGUUGAAAGCGUAGAACAUAACGUUGUAAUAUAAUCUUAAAAAUGAUAGAUACUCAUUAUAGCUACUUAUU